AUGAAUAGUAUAAAUAAAAUUAACAAUAACAAUAACAAUAACAAUAACAAUAACAAUAGCAAUAACAAUAAUAAUAAUGAUAAAAAUGAAACACUGUUUUUUAAAAUAUUCCGAAACCUUUUUUUAAGGAGUCACAUAUUUUCAUUUAUUCAUUCAGCAAAAGUUUUUUUCAGUUACAACUCCUCAACUUCAUUCGAACUAUUGAUGGCAAAUAAAAAAUUUGAAAUCAUUAAAGAUAAAAUUCAAUCAAAUCAUUUCAUCUACAUUGACGAAGAUGGUUUGGAAAAAUUAGACAGUGACAGAGAACUAGAUAAGUCAUACUAUGUUUCCCAAAUAGAAAAUAUAUACCAAUUGUUAUGGGAUAAUUAUAAAAAUAGAUUAAAAUAUUUUAAUCCAAUCGAACUUUCAAUAUACAAUCGAAAUUUUUUAGGUUUAAAAGAAUAUGUAAAAUUAUAUAAUUUAAAAAAUAAUAAUAAUAAUAAUAAUAAUAAUAAUAAUAAUAAUAAUAAUAAUAAUAAACAAACAAUUAAUCAAUCUUAUAGACUUUAUAGUUUAUUAGAUGUGACAUUCGAAUAUAAUUGUAUUAAAAAUUUUAAAAUUCCAAAUUUUAUAUUGAAACUUAUUAAAAAUACCCAAAAUAAUUAUAGUUAUAAUAAUAAUAAUAAUAAUAAUAAUAAUAAUAAUAAUAAUAAUAAUAAUAAUAAUAAUAAUAAUAAAAGGCAAAAAACAAUAAAAACAAUUGAUUUAUUUGAAACUACAAAUGAAUCAAUAUUAGAAGAAAUAAUUUAUUCAAAUCAAGAAUUUCCAAUAUUUUCAUAUUACAAUGUCUUUGGUCUUUUAUCAGCUUUAACAGAAAAAACUAUAGAUUUCAUAGAAAAUACUUUGCAAUUAAAUUUCGAAAAUCUGUUAAACCAAUGUAGGCAUAAAGUCGAAAUCGAAUUAAGAUGUUCAUUCAAUAAGAAAAUUGUUGAUGUAUGUUUAUCAAGAGUUCUUGCAAGCGAUUACCCUAUCAUUUCAUUGGACAAGUAUUAUCUUGACAACACAAGCCAUGCCAAGAUAUUUUUAAUCAACAAAAUGGACUCCUAUACAAAUCAAAGCCAACACGAUCCGUUAAAAUCAAUUCAACACUUUCAAUUAAAGCGAUUUCUAUUAGAAAACAACUCAUCAAUUAACAACAUUGAAUCAAUUAUUUCAUUAGCAGAGGCACACAUUAUCGAUCAUAGCGACUAUGAAAAUCAAAUCUACCACUACUUUGAAGAUUAUUUCCUUUACUAUUGUUUGAAGCAAAGUUUGUUCAAUAAUGAAUUUCAAAUCGAUUUUACGCGUUACAACGUAGGCAUAGUUUUAUAUUAUUCAGUUUAUAAAUUAUCGAUCGAAGCAUUUGAUAUGUAUGUAAAUUACAUUGUCAACGAAGACCUGUCUCCCGAUUUUUCAUCUAUAUACUAUAUUGAAGAAGCCAUUGAGAGAGAUAUAAAUAAAGCAAACGACUAUUUUGAUUAUGCCCUUUCUCAAAACUUUUCUAAAGAAGCUUUAUCAGACGAUCAUUGGGCAGAAGUUAUUAAAAUCUUAAUUGUAUUUCAUGGUGGUGAUUUAUUUGUUUGGUUAUACAGCCACAAUAUUCUAUUCCAACAGAAAUAUAAAGAAUUGUUCUUUAAAUACACACCCACAUUGGUUAAAUACCACUUCAAAACCAAAAAAGGUACCAAUCAUUUCAACUUUCCCGUGGUAAAUAUAUUCAUCGAAAAUAUACAAAGAAGUAAGACAAAUAAUAAAAAGAUAAUCUAUCGGGUUCUAAAGGAUAGGAAAUCAAAAUUUGAUACAGGGGCCAAUCUAUUACUUCAAAAUCUAAUCAAUAACCAACUCGAAGCAUCUCAUGAUUUUAUAACCUCAACUUACGACUUAAUCAAAUACCAGUCACUUGAUUACCUUAUUGAAACAGUUGAUAGUUUGGAUCAAGAUUUUUUAUCAAAUUAUUUUAAAAAAACCGAAAAAGAUAAACCAUUUUAUUUCAACAAAUCCAAUUUAUUAAUUUAUAGAUUAAUAAAAGCAGUCGUUAAUAAUAACUCUGGCAAAGUUUUAAGAAUAUUAAAUUAUUUAAAUAAUAGCGAUAUUUCAUUACCAACUCAUCUAUUCAGCAAUAGAAGUGCUUAUAAAUUGGUCCAAUAUCUUAAUUCAAAUCACUAUUUAAAACAAUUUGAUAUCAAAUGUCUCAUCGAUGAAAUUUUAGAGUUUGGAGACUCUUUUCCAAAUGAAUUAAUUGUCGAAUUAAUACCACCCAACAAUACACAACUACGAGAAGAAUAUCAAACUCUAGAUAUAAAUUCAGAGAGGGAAUUUAUUAUUAAGUGCGGUAUGGAGGAAGAGGAGGAUAUAGUUUUGGAGUCUAGGAUGUAUGGUUACGAAAAUUAUAUUACUGCUCCUCAGUCAACGGCCGAAGCAUUCCCGUCGGACUCUAGUCUCCCCAGAGAAGAACUAAUGGUUAAAUAUUUAAAAAAUAGAUACUUUCAAAUUGCUUUUGAACAUCUCCAAAACAUGCCUCCAAUUACCGAAAAAAUAUCAAAUUUUAGUUUAAAAACAUUUUUAGAUAAAAAUCUUGUAUCGAUUGAAUGGUUCAAAAAGUUCUACGAACCUCUUUUCAAACUUUAUUUGGGCAAAAUAAAAUCCGUUUUAAAAGUAUCGUUUUUAAAUUUUGAGGUAUUCGAAUUUCUUUGGGAAAAUCAUUUCGAUGAAAACACAAAGAGAAAAGAAUUACUUAGUACUCUCUUUAUCAAAAUUGGUCGAGGCAGAUCCGAUACAUUUCCAUUAACCGAAUAUGUUUUAAAAACAAAAAGACAAUUUAUUUUAGAACAUAUGCAAUUAGAGCAAUCCGCAAUCUACCAAUUACAUCGUGAUGCUUUAGUGGAUGGUGACUUAUCAAUUUAUCAACAAGUUAGAUCAUUGUUCCCAGCUUUCAAUUUUAAAAUUGAUUUUGAUAUCAUUAAAGAUCUCAUUAGCUUCGAAGACAACCUUAAUGAUGGUUGGUAUAGGGUUCGUUAUGAUGUUAUGGAGUAUUUAUAUGACCAAAAUUUAAUUAACAAUUUAAAGGGUAUAAUUGGAGAAAAUUUAAGAAAUUUGGUUAUUUAUGGGGGAGUAUUAAGCAAAUUUAUUUCCUACAACAAAGAAAAUAUCAUUGUCACAAGAUCAAUGUUUAUAUUAAUUCACACUAUUAUUAAAAAUCAACAAAAUCAACAAAAUCAAUAA